AUGGCGGCAGAGCAAAGAUGGAAGUGGGCACUUGCGAAGGUGAAACGAGGCCUGAUGUUGUCAUCUAAGUUGGAUACCCUGCGCGACAUGACUGAGGAGAGCCACGUGGAUCCUUCUUCCCUGACAAAUGUCAAGGAGCUUGGAGCUGGUGCCUUUGCCACAGUCGACCUGUGCAAGUACACAACCCCCACGGGCGGUGAAGUGAUGGUGGCUGUCAAACGAUUGCGGCCCAGCAUUAUCAAAAAUAAAGAGGAGCUGCACAAUUUUAUCGAGGAGACGAAGCUGUUGCGCAAGUUGCAACACAGGCACAUAACAAAGUACAUAGGAGUUGGGGGCCGCAUGGAAGGUUCUUUGCGCAAUGCAGAGCAAGCCAAGGAAGUCCUCAAUUCUAUGUACCUUGUCCAGGAAUAUAUUGAUGGGGGAAAUCUAAGAAAACAGGUCUUAGAGCAGAUGUGCACAAACCACUUGAAGAAGAAGUACUACUCAGAGGCACAGGCGCUACAAUGGGCAAUUCAUAUUGCCAAGGGGCUCAAAUACCUGCAUUCAGCCAAGCCCAAGGUGGACAACGGGAAGAACUUGGAGGCAUGCCUGGCAGACUUUGGCCUGGCAGCUGUCCUGCCGACACCAGGCAACAAGCAGAGCAGCGAGCUGAGGCAAUGCGUAAGAGAGUCGCGCAGCACGGGAGAUGUUGCCUUGGACAAAUUGUCAAUGGCGCUGGAUGAUGUCCUGGAGGGGCACAAGCUGGAAGUGGAGUCCGCAGAGCCACAACACCUCCAAGGCGACGGAGAGAUCUUUGAGAUGACAGGGAAGACAGGGUCCUAUUUCUACAUGGCCCCGGAAGCCGAUGUGUUCUCUUUUGGCGUCAUCCUGUACGAGCUGUUUGUGGGCGCAAUCACUUCACAGCUGGUCGUGGGGCCGACUGGCAACAUGAAAGCAGCAGAGAUUUAUGCAGCCAAGGUGGCGAGCGGGUACCGGCGGCCACUGCCGGCGUUCCUGCCGGAGCAGCUGCGCGCGCUGAUCAGCGAGUGCUGGGCUCAGGACAUGCGCGAGCGGCCCAGCAUGGCGCAGGUGCUUGAGCGGCUGAGAGAGAUCGAGGCCUCGCGCGUGCUGGACAAGAAGGACUCCAAAAAGGAGGCCAAGGCCAAGGACGCCAAGGCGAGCGACGGCGAGAAGAAGCACAAGAAGUGGCACCAUUUCUUCUCCUGA